AAUGUCUACGCUUACAUCUUCAUCAUCGCUCUCAUCGUCUGCAUUCCUCCUGCCAUCAUCGUUGAAGGGCAUCAACUGUUGAAAUAUGGUUUCAGCGACGCGAUUACAAAAGUGGGAGUGACUAAAUUUAUAUCUGAUCUCUUAUGGGUCGGAAUGUUUUACCAUCUCUACAAUCAGUUGGCUACUAAUACCUUGGAGAGGGUUGCACCAUUAACUCAUGCUGUUAGAAACAUUUUGGAACGUGUGUUUGUGAUCGGGUUCGCCAUCGUUAUCUUCGGAAACAAGAUAUUGACACAAACAGAUAUCGGAACUGCAAUAGCCAUUGCUGGUGUUGCACUCUACUCUAUCAUUAAGGCCAAGAUCGAAGAAGACAAAAAGGCCUGAAGAAGAAAAAUAGCAAAAUGAAACAACGAAAAAGCUUGAAACUAUACAUUUUCAAAGCCUCAAAACUUGAUAGAAGAAGAAGAAGAAGCUGAGGAUAAAUCGGAUAUAGAGAGAACUCAGAAGAAGUUUUGAGCUUCUUGGUUUGCCCAAAACUUCUCCAAUGUCCGCAUACAGUUAAUGGUAUCCAUCUUUUGAGUCUUAACUCCGUUGCUGGAUCUGGCUUCUUUCCACGAUCCUGUCUCUAUCAGUUCUUAUCCUUCUUGUCCUCAUUUUAUACUUUAACGUAUUGAUUAUUUUCCUGUGAUUAGCUUUUAGGUUAGUAACGCAGCUAAUCUAUAAUUGUAAUAAUAUACUAAUUUUACAAGUUGCAGAUAUAUAAUUAUACGGUAUGUUAUCAUU